AUGAGCGAUCCUUUCAGCAAAAUCCUGUGGAUGCUCGAGCUGGCUCGGGACCUCACGAUCGAAGCGGCCAUGCUGGCACUGAGCAGGCUUUCGGAAACACCCACGGCGAAAAGGCCCCAGGAAAUCGUCAAGCUCUUGAACUCCAGAACCGACCGGGACGUGCUCAAUGGAAUGAAAUGCGUGAUGGCGUUGGUGGGAAGGGGCGAGGACGGCCAGCCGUUUUUUGCUGACGUGGUCAAGAACGUCACGCUGCCGCUGGCCCGUGUCCGGGCGUUGGUGUUGAUUUAUCUUCUGAAGUACGGAGAGAGCGAGCCCGAUACGGCGCUUUUGCUGAUCAAUUCGAUCCAGAAACUGCUUAGUGACAAGCUGGCGGUGGCACGUGCUGCGCUGAUCAGGGCCUUGGCGGGGAUCCGGAUUCUGGAGAUUGGUUCCUUGAUCUUGCUCUGUAUCAAGAGGACAGUCAGCGACCAGCUGCCCCAUGUGAGGGCUGCUUCUGCAUUGGCCAUAGGACGUGCCUUCCACAUUGACGGAAUCAACAGGUCACAGUUGGCGCUGUUUUUGGCGGGGCUCGUGGGCGAUUCUUCUGUGGCAGUGGUGUGUCUGGCGUUGAAAGUGCACGUCAAGCUUCUUCCGCUGCUUUCAGCGACAUCUCCUAAGAAAGCUUGGGCUCCCAUCCACGCCAAUUUCCGCCGUAUUUGCCGCCUUUUGCCUCAGAUGGACGAAUGGGCGCAGAUCAGCGCUAUCGACUUGUUCACAGAGUACGCAAGGAAGUUCUUGCCCAGACCAGAGCUCACGUUUGAGGACGGGCUGACCAUGCCGCUUCCUGAAUUUGCUGACUUUGCUUCGCUACCCUCAUACACCGUGUCCCUCGAUUCUGACCUUCAGCUUUUCGUGGACUCCCUCCGGAAACUCGUGUACUCCUACUCAGAGGCCGUCAUCUUGUCCGUGGCCAGGGCCCUCAUUUUGAUCGCCACUCCAGAACACUUAGUGGAAUUCGAUCUCCCGAGAAUUCUCACGAAACUCGCCACUACCCCCGUUUCCGGCUCCAGCGCUAGAUCGUAUGCGUUGCAUGUGGUGGCUCAUAUUGCCCAAACAGCGCCAGCCGUUUUCGAAAAGUAUUACAGAAAGUUUUACGUUUUUCCCACUGACGACAACACGGUUGCUUCCCUCAAGUUACAUGCCCUUCCCCUUCUUGCGACCCAAACUACCGCCAAAGAGAUCAUCAAGGAGCUUCAAUACAGCGCUCUCAACUCAGCAUUCAGGCCCCAUGUGGCCCACGAAGCAGUGCGUGCUUUAGGCAGAUGCUCUCGUGCAUCCAAAGAAUGGACAAACCACAUUUUGCGCUGGUGCUCCUUGCAAAUCAGCAAUGUUGGUGCUACUCCUAUUGUCAGUGAUCUUCUCACGGUGAUCCGCCACCUUCUCCAGCUCAAGCAGAGCCAGGCAGGCUCGGACCGCUCCGAAAUAGAGAGCGUGGUUCGUACCAUCUACAAACUUGGGAAGCUCCUCAAUGAUAAUACUGUGAGUUUCGAUCCUGACGCAAAAGCUACAAUCAUUUGGCUCGUUGGUGAGUUCACCGAGGCAGCAGACAACCUUAUUGGGCCCGACUUGCUCCGAAGAGCUCUCAAGACUUUCUCCAACGAACCUGAAAAUGUUCGUUACCAGCUCUUGAUUUUGGCUGCUAAAUCGUAUCUGUACGAGAUACAGAAGAACGAUUCGGAAACAUUGGCGGACACUCCCAUCGGCAAAAUGUACGCCCAUGUCUCCCAAUUGGCCCACUACGAUGCCCUGUUUGAUACCAGAGACCGUGUGAGAAUGUUGGACCAGCUUUUGUUCAAACCAAAGAAUUCGAAGCUUGCGACCCUUUUGCUCCAGGUCCCAAAGCCUGCUCCACUCGUUGCGGUGAGCUUUGACGAGGACACUCCAGCCAUCCUUCGGGACUACUUAUCUGUUGAAGGCUGGGCUGAUCCGGAGACUUUACCACCCAAGUCGAUUCGUAAAGAAACUGCGGUGGAAGUUGUUCCAACCAGUUUCGAGAACGGUGCAUUCCAAGAGAAGAAAAAUGUUCCUACAUCCUCAAGCCACCAGAUUUCAUCUGCACUGAUCAAGAACCUCGCCCCGGUUCAAGCCAAGCCUUAUAAAUUGCAAAGCUUGGAUGAGUUCUUUGGUAACGAGGAAACGGAAUCUGAGUCUGAGGAGGAGAGCGAGGAGGAAGAGGAAAGCGACGAACAAUCCGUCUCAGAAUCAGGCCUUGACUCAGAUUCAGAUGAAAAUGAAGAAGACGAUGACGGCGAAGAAAGUGACGAUUCGGCUAAAAGCGACGAUAAGUUCUUGAACUAG